CGAGUCGUAAGGCUAUGUUUGACCGUCUUCAGUACCCUGUAUCGCUCAAUCCGAGUGUCAGUCCGAGUGAAGUUCGCUAAGUCCGAAAAGCCCGUAUUAUGCCGUCAAGCAUAUCCGUUAAUAUGCUCAACACGGAUAUAACGUGAGUCGUCGUCGGCCCGUCAAACUCGCGUGUUUUCACUCUGUUCCGAAUCGGGGGUGGAAAAUUGUGUCAUAUUGCAAGUUAAACUCGCCCUUUCGCAAACGUUUUACAUCGGCUGUUUUGGGAGACGGGUUUCCUUUUUUCUCUCUCUGAAACGAUCUCUCGAAAGACGAAACUAAGCCCGUUUCUUGUGAAAUCACGAGUAAGAGCACGGCCAAGUCCCCGAGUGCACCCGUCAAGUGCCGUCGCUCAGGUUUUGUUUACAUCCGCUUGUAAACAUUAAUCAAUUUCCAAAUCAAGUUUCACUUUUUUUUGUUUAUUGGCCGAUUUGUGAAUUGUCGUUUUUAAAAUGGAUUCUAAGCCGGGAGUGCCUAAAAUACAGGUCUUCAGGCCGACUUACGAAGAAUUCAAAAAUUUCUCGAAGUACGUCGACUUUAUCGAAGAACAGGGCGCUCACAAAGCUGGGCUCGCUAAAAUAAUUCCUCCUCCUGAGUGGAAGCCAAGAGCAGAGGGUUAUGAUUUAAGUUCAAUCCAAUUGAAAAUUCCAGCACCAAUAUGUCAAGUCGUAACUGGAAAGCAAGGGCUGUAUCAACAGAUCAACAUACAGAAGAAGCCAAUGUCAGUUGUCGAAUAUCAAAAGCUCGCUUCAUCGGCAAAGUACUGCACGCCUCAUUACAGCGAUUUUGAAGACCUUGAGAGAAAAUAUUGGAAAAACAUUACUUACAGUCCGCCUAUUUAUGGGGCCGAUGUGAGUGGCACUCUGACAGAUGAUUCAGUAAAUGAGUGGAACAUCAACAGGCUUGGAACAAUUUUGGACUAUGUUAAUGAGGACUAUGGGAUUUCGAUCGAAGGUGUUAACACUGCGUACUUGUAUUUUGGAAUGUGGAAAACAACUUUUGCCUGGCACACUGAAGAUAUGGACCUGUACAGUAUUAAUUAUUUACAUUUUGGAGCUCCAAAAACAUGGUAUUCGAUACCACCAGAACAUGGCAAACGUUUAGAAAGGCUGGCAAAUGGAUUUUUUCCAAGUUACAGCAAAACUUGUCCUGCGUUUUUGCGACAUAAGAUGACUAUUAUUUCCCCACAUGUAUUGAAGCAAUAUUCAAUUCCUUUUAACAAGAUAACUCAGGAAGAGGGUGAAAUCAUGAUUACUUUCCCAUAUGGAUACCACGCUGGUUUUAAUCAUGGCUUCAAUUGUGCAGAAUCAACAAACUUUGCCACAAAGCGUUGGGUCGAGUACGGAAAGAGGGCGUUGCAAUGCUUGUGCAGGCCAGACAAUGUGAAAAUAUCCAUGGACACAUUUGUUAAGAGGUUCCAGCCUGAGAGGUACGAUUUAUGGCUACAGGGAAAAGAUUUAGGUCCCCAUCCUGAAGAUCCCACACGAGUUUCUGUGGCACCUCCACCAUCAUCGCAGGAGAUCCAAUGCAACAAAAAUAAUAAGAAUCCACAAUUAAUGGAAGGGAACAAACGUGUACCACCUCUGAAGAAAUCAGAAAACGAGAGAGUUCUUCCGAUACCAAAUGAGCUUAAGCGAGUCAUUGAAGAAAUUGAACUGGAAGAAGAUUCACCAGACGAAGAACAAAUUCAGGUUCUUGAAGAUAUUUGGCUAAAAGCUGGUGAAAUGGAAUUAGAGGAAGCCUCAAUUGUUGAUGAUGGGUAUGAAUUAAAUGCAAAGAAGAAAAGGAAGAAACAUGAUAAUAAACCAUCAAGAAACAGAAAGAAGUAUGUGAGUAGAAAAAUAAAGUCAAGGGAAUACAUUGAGGUGAAGGAGUUGCAAGUGGAGCUUGAAAAAUGCAUAAGCGUUGAGCUGCCGGAGCCUAAUCCCCAGCUGGAAACACAAUACUUGAGAAUUCCGUCUCCUCCUAGUUCUCCCCAAGUGAAAAAAAUGGAAGAAUCAGAACUGAACAUUAUGCCAUCCCAGCCACCUCUACAUAACUCUCCAACACUUCAACAGCUGGAAUUUUCAUCAAUUCACCAGCAGGAUCAUUUUUCUCCCAAUGGGCCAUCGCAUUGGAAUAUUGAUAAUAAUUUGAAGAAAGUGAAAAAAGAUUUGUUGAUGAAAAAAUCUUUAAGUCCCAGUAAGAAGCAGUUUAAAAAAGAUAACAAAAAGCCUAAAAAUUAUAUAAAAAGCCCUUAUGACAUCAACACUACUUAUGAUUUACCCACAGUGAAAGAAGAGAAAUUCGACGAGUUUGCUUCAUGCUAUUUGACUGGAAACGGUGAACUAAAUAUGCCCAUUAAAGCAGAGCCUGUUGAUUUCAACUACGUACCUGAAAAUCAGCAAGAAAAUGAAAUUUCUCAGGAAGGCUCUCUUAAAUCCCUCAUUCAAGUUACCAAUAAUGUUUCUGUUGUGCCAAUUUCAACCCCAAGCCCUCCACGUUCACAAUCACUGAGUCCGAUAAAAAAGCCUGAGAGUGGUUCUAAAAUUGGCAGUUCAAAUACAGUCAUGAGAAACAUUAUGGAACCUUCUUCGAGCAAGAGUUUCGAUUAUAACUACAAGAAAUAUUUGCCGAAUGUUAUGAACCAACCGCCAAAGGAAAAAAAAGAAGAGGAAUUUUUAGUCUACAAAUCAUCAGAAGGAAUUCCAGUUCAAGUGCAAAAAGAUAGUUUCAAUAAUCGUACUUUAAUUGUGAAGGUUCAGAAACAAAGGGUGAAACCACUGGUUUUCAAACCUUUACCAUCUGAUAAAAUAGCCCAAUUAUGGCAAGAUUCAAGUAACAGACAGUCUUCAGGGAAUAAAUCACUGCUACUUUCAAAACAACAAAAUUAUGAUCAUAUUACAUCUACUACAAAUCCAUCAUCAUUAACUAAAUGCACAUCACCAAAUUCCCUGAUUCAACAAACAAUAAUCAACUCGCUCAACAGCCCAUUCAUAAAUGAAAGGAUUUUCGCACCCAAUGAUUUGUCGAUAACACUAGAAAAUUCCAGUACGGCAAAUGUUUCUUCAACAAAUAAUACAUGCCCUGUCAUCCCGGGACUCACUAUCAAACCAAUAACCAAGUCACCUCCAGAGUUGACCGUCCCGAGGUUCUCCGCUACAAAAAAUAAUUAUUCUUCUACAAAAUUUUCUACCACUGCAUGUUUGCCUUGUCCUGUUAAGGAAACUUCUAGUCAUGGAAACGAACGUAAUUGUAAUAUGCGAGCGACAUGCAUUACCGAUCAACUUAAUCAUCAAGGUUUAUUAUCUUCAAAUAGUCUAGCAAAUAUUUCAAAAUUUCUGAAGGCUCAAGACCUCAGUAAACUUAUGCAGGACCUCCAGAAUCCCAUAUUUGAAGAGGCUUAUAACAAGUAUUGGAGUCAGAAAGAGCCGUACUGUGCUCUCUGUGUAUUUUUUGAUGUAAAAGCACUAAAUGAGGUUCAGCUGGGCAUGACUCAAGAUUGGCUAAAUGAACUCAUAGACCCGCCAAUUCCCUCGAGAAGCAAAAUCACAAUGCCAAGUAGCAUGUUCGAAAGAGAUUCUACUGAGCCCCUUGCGAUAUUACUCGUUUGCGAGCAGUGUAAAGUCUGUAUGCAUGCAAAGUGCUAUGCCGUCGACAGUAGUCGAAUGUUCAACAAAAAAUGGCUUUGUGAUAAGUGUGAAUCAAGCAGUCCAUCCUACAAAAGUUGUCGUUUUUGCGGUCUUGGUGGUGGUGCUAUGAAGAAAAUGGUAGAUUCACAAUGGGUCCAUGUUCAGUGUGCACUUUUCUUGCCCUCAACAAAUCUCAAAGUGGAAAGCUUAAUGGACAAACCUAUGCAACUAACCACGUUUAGAAGACCUUGUUUCAUCUGUGGAAGGGACACAGGAACAGUGCCUUGUUGUGAUUCAAAUUGCAAUUUAUGGUUUCAUGUGACAUGUGGUCAAGUCUGUGGAAUUGGUGUGAUUCCAAAUCCGUGGUUCGGUGCAAAACUCCUGAUAACAUGCUUAAGGCAUAGGCAUUUUCACAGUAUGAAUUGUGGGAUUCAACCAGGUGUACAGGUCUGGGCUAAAAAACAACCCUCCAACAGAUACUAUAAGGGUGUUGUUUCUAAAAUUUCUAAGGAAGAAUAUUGCACUUUGUCUCUUAUCGAUGAUAGUCUGAUUGUAGUACCAAAAAAACAUGUAACUAUGAUGGAUGGUCGGGAGUCUCUUCAAAAGGACUGUAGGGUCACGUGUACGUUCAAGAAUGAAAAUCUCUCUGCAAUUUAUCUCAAUUCAGGGCCAAAAAUUGUAUAUACUGUUAAUUUCCUUAAUUUGACGACAUCUGAUGCCCUGCUUGAGGAUAUUUUGUGCAUGGAAGAAAACAAAUUGGGAAAUGAAUCAACCAGUAGGGAGCUAAACACAAGCACUGGGGACGCAUUCUCAUUCAGUUUUAACAACAGUGUUUGAAAAUUGCCAAAUAAGUACGAGCACAUUUGCAAUUUUCAUUGAUUGUCAAACUCCUCGAGUAUAACAUAUGGGAAACAGGUCCCAAGCAAGGCACAUUAGAAUUUAUAAAUAUAUCUUUUUUGUUUUAGUUGAAUUGUAAAUAUAAAACCUUUCAAAUUUUAACAUUAAGUUAAUUUUUUAUUAGAAUUUUUUUUAUAGUGUUUGGAUUUUAUGAAACAUUAAAAUUUAAAAAAAAGACUAAAUGUUACAUAGGAUGUGUAGUCAGAUUGUAAGUUCUGCACAUACAUGUAGUGGAAGGCAAUGUGUAAUUAGAUUUGUAUUUUAUUUUAAUUAAACAUCCCUUAUAGUGGACUGAACUCAAUGUGAUCCUGUGCUUCAAAAACAUUACACAAAUUUAAUGUUAUCCUUUUUUUAAAAUUUAGUGUUAUUUAAAGUUUAAUACUGUACAUACAAUAA